CCCGGCUGCGGCUGCGGCGGAGGUGGGAGAACGAGUCCUGGCGUGGAGAACUGAGCGGAGAAAGCGAUCCCCAUGGGUCCUCGGAAAGCUUGUCUCUUCUCCCCUUUUCUUCUGUGGAGUCAAAGUAGAGGGGUGAGGCUGAUGUUCCUGUUACUAACCCUGCAUCUCGGAAACUGUGUUGAUAAAGCAGAUGAUGAAGAUGAUGAGGAUUUAACAGUCAACAAAACUUGGGUUUUGGCACCAAAGAUUCAUGAAGGAGAUGUAACACAAAUCCUCAAUUCAUUGCUUCAAGGUUAUGACAACAAACUUCGCCCAGAUAUAGGAGUAAGGCCCACAGUAAUUGAAACAGAUGUUUAUGUAAACAGCAUUGGACCGGUUGAUCCCAUAAAUAUGGAAUACACAAUUGAUAUAAUUUUUGCCCAAACCUGGUUUGACAGUCGUUUAAAAUUCAACAGUACCAUGAAAGUGCUUAUGCUUAACAGCAAUAUGGUUGGAAAAAUUUGGAUACCUGAUACUUUCUUCAGAAACUCAAGAAAAUCUGAUGCUCAUUGGAUAACAACUCCUAAUCGUCUGCUUCGAAUUUGGAAUGAUGGACGAGUUCUAUAUACUUUAAGAUUGACAAUUAAUGCAGAAUGUUAUCUUCAGCUUCAUAACUUCCCUAUGGAUGAACAUUCCUGUCCACUGGAAUUUUCAAGCUAUGGAUACCCUAAAAAUGAAAUUGAGUAUAAGUGGAAAAAGCCUUCUGUAGAAGUGGCUGAUCCUAAGUAUUGGAGAUUAUAUCAGUUCGCAUUUGUAGGGUUGCGGAACUCAACUGAAAUUUGUCACACGAUCUCUGGAGAUUAUGUUAUCAUGACAAUUUUCUUUGACCUGAGCAGAAGAAUGGGCUAUUUCACUAUUCAGACCUACAUUCCAUGUAUUCUGACAGUUGUUCUUUCUUGGGUGUCUUUUUGGAUCAAUAAAGAUGCAGUGCCUGCAAGAACCUCACUGGGUAUUACCACAGUUCUGACGAUGACUACCCUGAGUACAAUAGCCAGGAAGUCAUUACCGAAGGUUUCCUAUGUGACUGCGAUGGAUCUCUUUGUUUCUGUGUGUUUCAUUUUCGUUUUUGCAGCCUUGAUGGAAUAUGGCACCUUGCAUUAUUUUACCAGCAACAAAAAAGUAAAGACUGCUAGAGACAAAAGGAUAAGAAACAAGGCUUCGAUAUCCCCUGGACUCCAUCCUGGAUCUACUCUGAUUCCAAUGAACAGCAUUUCUCUGCCACAAGGAGAGGAUGAUUACGGUUAUCAGUGUUUGGAGGGCAAAGAUUGUGCCAGCUUCUUCUGUUGCUUUGAAGACUGCAAAACGGGGUCAUGGAGGGAAGGGAGGGUCCACAUACGCAUCGCCAAAAUUGAUUCUUACUCGCGAAUAUUUUUCCCAACAGCUUUUGCCCUGUUUAAUCUGGUUUAUUGGGUUGGUUAUCUUUACUUAUAAAUUCUACUUACUAGGAAGAAAUCAUAAGAAGUUUGAAUAAAUCCAAUACAAUCUACAGUGCUUCAGUAACAUGAAGUUUAAAUUUAAAAUUCAGAGAAACUAAUGACUAAAAUGUGAAUAAUAUGGUAACCAUUUUAAGGCUUUCAUAGGAAAGUCAAGUUUUCAUAUUAACUUACUUAAAUUUAUGAGAUUCCUUGUAUAAUCC